AUGAUGGGAGUGAGUUCCGCGAACGUGAUGAGCGCUAACCUGAGCAGCAGUGUACGCGGUACACCGGCUGGGCCGGAGCGUGUGCAGAGUACUCGCAAGGUCUCCUCUACGAUAAUUAACGAGCAGAUGAUGGGGCCGCCUCCCCAGGACUAUCCAGUGCGGGAGAUCGAGGUGCCCGGCCCCGUGCAAGAGGUAGUUACGCACGUGCCGCGCAAGGAAGUGAUUGAGACUGAGAAGCGAGUGCCCAAGUAUGAAUAUGAGUACGUAGACAAGAUCGUGGAGGUGCCCCGCAUAGAGUAUGUCGACAAGGUCGUAGAAGUGCCUCAGUACCACGAGGUUAUUGUGGAGCGGAAGGUGCCUCAAGUGGUAGACGUGCCGCGCGAAGUGAUCAAGGAAGUCAAGAUCCCGCGUAUCAACUACGUCGACAAGGUUGUUGAAGUGCCUGGUGAAACCAUUGAGGUCCCCAGGCACUACACCGUCGAACAGAAGGUCGAGUUCACUCGCUACCGCGACACCAAGAAACCCGUCGUCGUUGCACAGUCCGUAAAGCCCGUCAUCGUUGAGGGCGCUGGCGUGACCGAGGUCGACGUCUACGAGUACGAACCUGAGGUCAUUCCCGUGGACGUCCAGGUUGUAAAGGGCGUCCAGGCCCAGGUCCAGGCCGGCGGCGUCGUUGAAACCAACCACCGUGUCGUCUCCGUGCCUGCAGCGCAGUAUAACACUAUCCUCAGGCAACUCAACACACAUCUCGUUCAAACCGAGACCAGCAAACUGCCCUUCCUCAACGACGGCUCGGGCCGUGUGAACUACCUCAGCGAACGGGUCGUCUACGCAGACCCGCAGCCCGGUGCUCAAAUCCAGGGCCUGGACAUGGCGAACAUGCUAAACACGCACGUCGACCACGCCUCCCGCAAGACGCUCCCCGUCGACCCCUCCCGCUAUCCAGGCGUCACUUCCGCCAUGCUCGCUGGCAUCAACGCUGGCGCGACUACUAGUAUGACCACUACUGGCAUGACUUCUGGCAUGUAUACCAGCUCGCCUCAGCAACUCGGCGGUUACAGCACUGGCGGUGCAGCGUACGGCGCCACCUCAACCAGCUACCUGCCUGAAGGGGGCAUGGCCCGGACAACCUCCUACGGCACGGGCACGCUGGCGGGCGGCGCCGUCGGAGCAGGCAUGGUCGGCGCGGGCGUGUACCGUUCCGGUAACAUGACUUCAUCCGUCACCCGGACACAGGGACCCACUGUCUACCAACAGGGCCCUAUCAGCACGACUACCACCGCCAUGACUACCAACUAUCUCUAA